AUGACUAGAUAUGAUGAAUGCCUUCGUGCGCUGAAUAGAUUGCAAAUACCUCGCAGGCACGCUGUACCACGCAGCGUAUCUGCGAAACAACGCACAAAAGAUUGGCUAAGAAUACUUGGUGUUGACGCAAGUACAAAGGGCAAAGGAACUACUGCUCUGUAUUGCGAACAUCUCUUAUCACAAUACCAGCAGAAGACCAAGUCCUAUCUGAAGCUAGGCUGUUUAACGUCUCCACACGUCAGUGAUGUACGCGAAAGAAUUCGGCUUGACGCUAUGCCGAUUUCCAAAGAGCUCUUUGUUCAAUAUUUCUCUGAAGUAUAUGACAAGAUGAACAACGCUUCAUUACAAGACUCAGUCUCGAGUGCUGAGGGACCUGCAAUCUGCCCAAACAUCCCUGGUUAUCCUGGUUUCUUGGCCUUACUCGGCUUGUACAUAAUGUACAAAGAGAACGUACAGAUCGCCGUUGUAGAAACGGGCGUGGGGGGUGAAAAUGACUCGACCAAUGUCAUUGAACGCCCUAUUGCGACUGGGAUCACGACACUAGGCCUGGAUCAUAUGAAUGUGUUAGGCCCAGACUUGAAAAGCAUCGCAUGGCACAAGGCAGGAAUAUUCAAGACAGGAGUGCCGGCAUUCACUGUAGAGCAAGACGCUGAGGCACUAGAGACGCUUCAGAAUAGAUCUCUUGAAAAGAGGACGGCUGGUAAACUUACCGUGGUCUCUGAUGAUGCCAUACUUGGAUAUAGGCUCUCUGUUGUCCCUGACCGCCCUUAUCAGAGACGUAAUGCGGCUUUGGCUCUAGCUCUAUGCAAUGUCUGCUUGCGGACCAUAGAUUCGGCUUUUGUAAUGACAACGGAAAUGGCCAGCGUCUUACGAUACACACAGUUGCCAGGCCGCAGCGAAAUUCUUAAAGACGGACAGCGUACAUGGCUUCUGAGUGCUGCGCACAACGAACUGAGCAUGAUUGAAGCUUCACAUUGGUUCAAAGCUGUUCUUGAUCAACUAGAACACGCUAAUACGCCUCAUGUGCUACUCUUUGGCCAUGAAUCCUGGCGGGAGAAGGAACUGAUUUUGAAGAGACUUCACGAUAUAGUUUGUGCUGAAGGACAUAAUUUUCAACGAGUUAUCUUUUGCACACAUCGCUCAGGAAUUGAGGACAAGAAACCAGACCUAGCCGAUUCCCGCAUCGACGUAUUUCGCGCCUCUGAGGUCGCAAAGUAUCAUGCGCAGACUUGGCAAGAGCUGGCGGGUCAAGAAGCCACCGUAUUCAGUACUAUACAGGAAGCUGUAAGGUUUAUACAGGGAGAAUAUACCUCAGCAAUAGUGCUUGUUGGAGGCCAUAUAUAUGUAGCUGGUGUGGUGCGCUAUCUUUUACAAUAA